AUGGCUGAACCUUCUAGCGACAGGCCAGCUAUCAUAGAAGGUGGCCACAACAAAGUCACUCUCUAUGACGAGGUGCUGGCCAAGUUAGAUUGCAGAACAAGUAAUUAUAUGUUCUUAAAUGUGCCUCUUAGGAGACCUGCACAACACUUGACUGCAGGUUUGGUGCUCUGUGAAAGUCCAAGAUGUAAUCUUAGUGUGCCAGCAUGGCUUGAGACCUGUCAGGUGCUGUGGAACAACACUUCACUGAUCUUUGUGGCAUCAGUGUGCCUGUCCUUGGUGGUGGUGGUGGUCAGCUGGAUAUUGAGCAAAUCUCGCCAACAUUACCCUCAGUCCUGCCAUACCCAGCCCAAGAAACCUCAUGGGGAAUGUGCCAAAAAGGACACAGUAGAGAAGACAGAGGAUUUAGACCAUGAUAAAACAGAUGUGGACAAAGUGAUGGAGUACAGCCAACACCUGCCAGGACAAGUGAAGAGGGCUCAGCAGCGCUCCUUGGAAAAGUCCAUUGAAACAGAGAUGAGUGAUGAGCAGAGAGCCACUGAGAGGGAAAUCCAGUCCCAGCAGCUGGCAGCAAUAUUUAAAAUGAUGAAGGAACAGGAAGAGAAAUUUGGGGAAACAACAAUGGAUGAGAUUAAGGACCAAAUGAAGCUGUAUUGUGGCUAGCCCAACCUUGCAGCUUCUAAGACCCUCAAGUGCUAGAUUAUUACCAAAAAUUAGUAGAUGGUGUAUUGAUAUGCAUUUUAACUUUUUACUUUAUGAAAGAUAGGUUCUAUUUACUUUUAACUAAUACCACCAGACCAUUUAAUGGGAUAAUAAUGAAUAUUUAACUGUACUGGAAAACGUUUAACACUAUAGAAACUAUUAGUGAUGAAAAAGCAGAAGUAUGUUACAUGAGGAUUUUUGGAAGUGUACCAGUUUUACAAACAUUAAUUAUUGGACCAUUACAGUAUAUAGAUUUAUUCUAUACUAGAGAGAGUGCAGGUAGUGCUUCCUGUUUAAGGCAAACUUUUUGAAAUAAAAAUCUAAUUAUUUAUUUAUAUCUCGCAUGCUCUGUCAUAAUGCAGCUAUCCUCUUUAAUGGGACGCCAUGGUAAUGAAGUCCCCCACCUUCCCUCAGUCUGGCUUUCCAACAUUCUGGCAUCAAGAACUCAUCUGUCACACCUACCCCUCCAGUAGUAGUCUUCUAUUUAUACAUUUUACUGGUUGCCUCUCUUCCAUAUUUUCUUCCUUAGUUUCAUUCAUGUACACACUUCAUAAACUCAUUCUCAUUUGUUAUUACUAUGACUCCAAACUGCCUCACCAUGUCACGGUGAGACCAUGCUACCACUCCACAUCUCUUCCUUUUAUCCUCUUCACAUGUGCCAAAAUUCUCAUACAUUUCUUUCCUUCUCAUCCUGACAGCAGCAUUGCAUAUGAAGACCCCCAUGCAAUAGGGGCCAAUAUGUUACCACCACCGAAAUUGUGUUUUUAUGUGUUUCCUUCAAGGCCAACUCUUACUGAAUCCUUAUAGACACAAGGUUGAGCGUUGCUAAUUUAGGUGCGUAGCAAGCAGCUAGAAACAGCUAAGUGCAUCAGGUUUUAGCAGGCAAGAGGGUUCAACUAAUGCAUGUAGGAAGCCAAUGAGAGUGCUGCUGGGAUACCACACCCUUUCUUUUGACCAGUCAGUGAUGUGUGGCAGCCAUGUGUCUCAGUCUGUGUUGUGUACACACGCUUGUCAUAUUUUGGUUUCUUUAAAGUUUUUUUAUUAUUAACAUCAUCUCUCCAUCCAGCACCACCCACAUCAGCUAUUUAUACAUCCAGUGUUAGAUAAUGUAACCAACUAUGAUAAUGUCAAUGAAUAAUGCCUUUAUUACACUCAUAAGAUAAUAAAAACCCACAAAUCUCAAAA